AUGAAGCUCAACCUCUCCCUCACUUUCGUCACCGCUCUUGCCACCGCGUUUGCUGGUGUCGAGGCAGGUGUUCACAAAGCCAAGCUUCAAAAGGUCACGCCUUCGCGCGAGCUUACCCUUGAGGGUCUUGCUGCUCAGGCCGAGAUCCUCCAGCUCAAGUACGGCGGCGGCUCGUCCAAGAAACAGGUUCCCUUUUCUUCCAACCCUGAACAUGACUUCAGCAUCCAGCCCAUUGCCGACUCCAGCCAGGCUGCCGCCUGGUACGCUGAAGCCAAGAAGGGUCACGGCGUCCCCUUGACCGACUUCCUCAACGCCCAGUACUUUUGCGACAUUUCGCUCGGUACACCUGCUCAGGAUUUCAAGGUCAUCCUCGACACUGGCUCUUCUAAUCUCUGGGUUCCUUCCACCAAGUGCUCGUCCAUCGCCUGCUUCCUACACAAGAAGUAUGACAGCUCCGCCUCGUCUUCGUACAAGAAGAACGGCACCGAGUUCAAGAUUCAGUACGGCUCCGGCUCCAUGGAAGGCAUCGUCUCGAACGAUGUACUCAAGAUUGGCGACUUAACCAUCAAGGGGCAAGACUUUGCCGAGGCAACGAGCGAGCCUGGCCUUGCGUUUGCUUUCGGCAAGUUUGAUGGCAUCCUGGGCCUCGCCUACGACACCAUCUCGGUCAACGGUAUCGUGCCUCCCAUGUACCAGAUGAUCAACCAGGGCCUGCUGGAUGCACCCCAGGUCUCGUUUUACCUCGGCAGCUCCGAAGAGGAUGGCGGCGAGGCUGUGUUUGGUGGUAUCGACGAUAGCCACUACACUGGCAAGAUCCACUGGAGCCCCGUCAAGCGUAAGGGCUACUGGGAGGUUGCGCUCGACAAGCUUGCUCUCGGUGACGAGGAGCUCGAGCUUGACAACGGUUCCGCCGCCAUCGACACUGGCACAUCGCUCAUUGCCAUGGCCACCGACACAGCCGAGAUCCUCAACGCCGAGAUCGGUGCCACCAAAUCGUGGAACGGCCAGUACUCGGUCGAUUGUGAGAAGGUCAAGGACUUGCCACCCCUCACCUUCUACAUCGACGGCCAGCCGUUCAAGCUUGAGGGCAAGGACUACGUUCUUGAGGUGCAGGGCUCGUGCAUCUCGUCGUUCUCUGGUAUCAACCUCCCCGGUCCGCUCGCCGACAUGCUCAUCGUCGGUGACGUGUUCUUGAGGAAGUACUACUCGGUGUACGACUUGGGCAAGAAUGCUGUUGGUCUCGCGACUGCCAAGUGA